UCAGGACUGUUUAACUCAGUACUUAAACACACACAUGUAGAAAAGGGUUCCUCAGAUCUUUUCCUGGAGGGCGGGACCACUGCAGAGUUUAGCUCCAACCCUGACCAAACACACCUAAACAAGCUAAUCAAGAGAUUUGACUUGAAUACUUCAGUGAGAAACAUGGCCAGUAAAAGACAAAUAUCAAAGCAGAAUUUAGGGCUUACCGUGGCUAUCCUGCUUACCCAUGUGUUAGAGGUGGCAACAAAUGAUUUCCAAGAAACAAGCAUGGGUUUACAGUUUAGCUACAUAGAUGAACCACGGCAUCACAUAAGACAAAGACGAGCAGACCCAUACACAGACUAUGUGGUUGAAAUUGAGAUGCAUGCAUCAGACAUCUCUGUGAUCAAUGAGCUGAAGAUUUAUUUGAAUGAGUUUAUUCAAAAUCAUACUGUGUUUAACAAUGUGACAUUACUUGAAUCAAACUUCACAACAGUUUGCAGCAUGUUACCAAGUAACACUGAUUACCAGUGCAAUUGUGAGAAUGAGUAUUUCUGGCCUUGUGACAACUGUAUAAAAUAUGGGAGUUGUGGCAGCAUCACCAACAACGAAUGCAGAUGCAUCAAUGCUUUUCCAAAUAAUUUCUGUCAGCCAAUCAGCGAGAUGACAGAUGCCACAGCAUGUCACAAAAGAGUGAUUACAAUGUCAGUGGAAAUCAACGAAAUCUUUGAUACCAGCCUCACCAACCCUGCAGAUGACAAUUACAAAACUAAAGCUCAACAAAUUGAGUCCACAAUUAACAAGGGUUACAAAUCUCUGUCUAACUAUGUAAAUGGUUCUGCAAAAGUCACUGGCUUCAGGUCUGGUAGCAUUAUAGCAGACUACACAAUUAAUUCAAUAUCCGACAGCCCUGAUUUUACAUCAGCAAACAUAAACGUUUCGGGCCUCCCUUUAAUUCAGAAUGCAUUUUCUUUAACUGAAGAAACAAUUUUCUUCAACAGAACAGAUAAAAUAUAUCCUAAACAAAGCGUAACACUUUACUGUCCACAAUCUGUUAUGGGACCGAUAGUGUGGAAAGUAAAUGAGAAAGAUCUAGACAGAAUUAAAUACUCUUUUGGUCCAGACAAUAGUACACUCACUGUGAAAGCUGCUGAUGUCAGUGACAGUGGCAGAUACUCCUGCAUCUUACAAACAAAUUCUUUACCCUACAUCCAGUGGCAAAAUAUUGUUAUUGAACAAGAACCCAGUAUCAUAGUGGGUAAUAAUGAACAGGUUUAUCCCUGUGAAGAUAAAAUUGUUGAACUCACAUGCUGUGUUAAUGGAGACUACAGUAUUGAAUGGGUCCUGAAUGGCACUGUGCAAAGUUCAGGGUCAGGUUGUAUCGCAGUAAAUCAUACGAUCCAAAAGAUAAAUUGUAAGGAAGAUAACUAUACAUGUCAACUCCAGAAUUUACCACAAUUACAUGAUUACAGUUAUAGCAGGAGCAGUGUCACAGUAAAGACAAGCACAGAAGAUUUUCCAUGUAAAAAUGAAACGUUUGAACUUGGAACACCAAAUCAAACAACUGAAAAGCCAUGCGAUGCAGGCAAGGAAGGAAGCAUAAUAUAUACAUGUGUACAAGAAGGAUGGAUCAAAACACAGGACAACUGUGUAGUCAAAGCUAUCAAAGAACUUGAAUCCAGAGCUCAGGUCUUGGUUGUUGAGGAUAUUCCAAAAUUUUUGGAAGAGCUCAGUAAUGAAACAUAUAAAUAUAAAAAGGAUAUAACAGAUUCUGCUGCGACUAUUCAAACAAUUGUUGGGAUUCUCAUAAUAGUUGCUAACAUCUCACAAAACAUUACUAUCAAUAAGCCUGUGAUUGAGAAUUUUCUUAACAUAGUUGAAAAUAUUACAUCAGAUGAAUCCAAAAACACAUGGACAGGAUUGAACAAUGGCGACAUGACAAAAAGAAAUGUCAGCACUAAUCUUCUGCAAGCUAUUGAGACUAUAAGCAGCCAUCUCUCAGAUGUGGACUUUUCUAUAACAAAACCAUCCAUUCAGUUAAAUAGGACUAUAACUGAUGAUAACUCUAAGAAUAUCGAUGUAAAUUCUCACCUGGAGAACUCAACUACAGGUUCUGAAAUUCGGAUACCAAAUGUUCCUAAAUCAACCGCCAUAACCAUCAUCAUCUUCACAAAGCUUGACAAUGUUUUACCAACUCGAAAGACCUCUGUUAAUGACAAGACAUCAGAAAACAUCAUCAAUGGGGACGUGGUUGUUGUUCGAGUCAACCAAACAAUUCAUAACAUUUCAUUUACUUUCAAUAUUAAGAAUGCAUCAUUGGAAAAUCCUCAGAGUGUUUUUUGGAACUUUUCUCUGGACCAUUGGGAUUCCACUGGAUGUAAAGUCAAGAGCUUUGGGAAAGAAACAGUAACAUAUGAAUGCGACCACACAACCUCUUUUUCAAUCCUGAUGUCACCGUAUGCAAUAAAUAACCGUGCCUUAGCCUAUAUCACAUACAUUGGUGUAGCUAUUUCAUUAGCCAGCUUAAUUCUGUGCCUCAUCAUUGAGGCGAUCGUAUGGAAGUCAGUGACACGAAAUGACACAGCGUACGUGCGUCACGUCUCAAUAGUCAACGUUGCGGUGUCACUGCUGAUCGCAAACAUCUGUUUCAUCAUCGGAGCUGCAAUUGCAGACAAAGAGCAGCCGCCCUCAGUGGAUCACUGCAGUCCAGUAGUUUUCUUCAUGCACUUUUUUUACCUGGCUGUUUUCUUCUGGAUGUUCAUCACAGCACUUUUGCUCCUUUACCGCACCGUCAUGGUCUUUUCUCAGAUGUCAAGGACGAAUAUGAUGGUCAUUGCAUUCACUGUUGGUUAUUGUGCACCUUUGCUCAUAGCGGUUAUUACCGUUGCAUCCACAGCUGGACCUAAAAACUAUAUUUCAAAAGAAGAUGUAUGUUGGCUGAACUGGGAUGAAUCUAAGGCCCUGCUGGCAUUUGUGAUUCCAGCUUUGACUAUUGUUGCCUUUAAUCUCAUGGUUUUGAUUGUGGUUUUGUGUAAGAUGGUCAGGAGAGGAGUUGGUGCUUUAACUAAUUCAAAUGAGAAACACAUUCUUGUGGUCAUUGCCCGAUGUGUGGCCAUUCUGACUCCUAUCUUUGGUCUAACAUGGGGAUUUGGCAUUGGGACCAUGGUGUCACGUAACUUUGGCUUUCAUGUGAUGUUUGCACUCCUCAAUUCAUUUCAGGGAUUCUUUGUUUUGGUGUUUGGAAUACUUUUAGACAGCAAGGUCCGUGAGUCACUGGCAGGAAAGCUGUCAUUAAAGAACCUCAGUUCCAGUCCUACCAGGGGCACUAAUGCCGGAACAUCAUCUACAGGUGGACUGGGUAUCCUACGAUGGCUGCGUAGGAGAAAUGUGUACAACUUGUCUGAUCCCAGCCCAGCUACCUCUGCUAACAGCUCCAGUGGCUCUCAUUAAAUCCCUAAAUAACUACAUCCAUUACCUAAAACCAGCUGACUUAUUUAAAAGUCUGUUACAUACAGUAUCUAUGUACAGAAUAUUUCACUUUAUGUUACUCUUUUGGAAAAGAAAUAUGUGAAGAGUUUCGUUGCAAAACGAGAUAAAUCCAUUUUUUAACAUUUUUGUCAAAACAUGUUUAUUAUUAUGUUAUCAUGUUAUUAUUGUUUUUUGGUGCUACUUAACCAACUGCAGUUGAAUUGAAAUUAAUUGGAAUGCACAACCAAAAAACAAGAUUUCUGAACAAUUAAAAAAACGGUGGAUAUCUCGUUUUGCAACGAAACUCUUCAUGUGUUCUGUAAUCAAUGUUCUUACAUGAUUUUAUUUAAUAUACAUUGAAAUAAACAUUAAUUUGGGGGAGGCAGGGGCUAGCAAGCACUCCAGUGAAUAUUUAUCAUGGUCUUUUAAGGUAAAUUUAUUUAUAGCCACAGCUUACCUUGGGUAGGUCACAUUACAAUUAAAUCUUUGAAAUGUUAAUUUUUCGUUUGGAUGAUUAAAGUACAUUUGGUACUGUAGGUGCUUUAAAUCAACUUACAAAACAAACAGUUUUAUUCCAAACCUUUGUGAACUUCUUCAAAUAUUCACUUUAUGUAUAAUAUUAGACAUUUGAAUUAGGAAUUGUUAUUCAUAUUAUUAUCUAUAACCUGUUUUUAACCUGUAUUAUCCAAAUAAAUUCCUAUAGUCAAACAC